AUGGGCGGAGUAGCCAUCUGGUGUAUGCAUUUCACAGGAAAUAGAACUGUCCAUCUUGCCAACGGAGAACUCGAGAUGCAAGUAGCCUAUUCGAAGGGCUUCGCAGCUCUAUCCUUCUUCAUUCCCAUCUUCUUCUUGCUGUCUGCAUUUCUAGCAAUCGGCACUAAUAAUGCUAUUUCCUGGUGGAGAGCCAUCGCUGGCGGCGUUCUCUGCGGCGUUUCUAUCUGCGGUAUGCACUAUCUCGGGAACACAUCUAUUAAGAACUACACCAGUGUAUAUCAGCCAGCUUACGUCGUGGGAUCCGCCAUCAUCGCCGUCGUUGCCAGUAACGUUACCCUCUUUAUGUUAUUUGACUUUAAGGCUACGUGGACAAAUUCGUGGCGGAGGCGAGCUAUCUCGGCUGCGGUCCUUGCAAGUGCUGUAUCAGGGAUGCACUGGUGUGCCGCUGCUGGAACUCGUUAUCGUUUCAGAGAUGCCGAGUUAGAGGGCAACGAGCUACCUAAAGCUGCAACUGUUAUUGUGGCUAUCUGUUUGUCUCUCGGUGCCUGUUUUGUCAUUGCCAUAUCAACCAUUAUUCGCAUAAGGAACUUGAGAAAGUCCGCCUUUCGGGCGCAGCAAGUCACAUUGGGAACAACUGUCUUUGACAAAGGCGGAAGGAUUCUCGUCGACCCCGACGGUUUAAUUCCCAGUACUGUUAUCACUGAUUCCUUUUGCGAAAGGCUCGGUAACGAGUAUGGAGAGAUGAUUGAGCGUUACGACAUCAUUUUUAGGGAACUUUUCUGUCUUGCCGCAGCCGAGCUUGCAGACCGGUUCCAUGAAGAUUUGACCUCAGGGCGCAACGCCCGGCAGCAGAUCUUUGGAGGGGGCUUAUUGAUGCUGUUGGCUCGCCAUUUUGAGUCGGAUCAGGACGCUGAGUGGUUAAUGUCAGCUGGUUAUCGUUUCGCCGAGCUUCAUCAGGUCAGCAAUAUCAUCAGGCCGGGCAUGCAGAUUCAGAGUACCGAGUUUGAGACGAAACUCCGAUCCACGUCCGCAUACGCAAACAAGCAUAACGAGGCACCUCCAGGUGUUCAUAUAGGCUUCUUCGCCAUCCGAGCCUCCGUUAGAUCCGGAUUCGAUGUUCUGGUACAGAAAGACGCCCGAAAUGUUCUCCCAUCCAUGGCUCUUCCACUUAAGACACUCGAUGACUGGCACUUACAGCUCCUCAAGCGGUUUGAAAACAUGCCAGUUUCCAAAAGACUUCAAAGUCUGAACGAGACGUCGGUGCGACAAAGCGAUCAGGAGAGCGAGUUUGCGGCUCAACUAUCAGAGACAAUCAAAACGCUAUUCCGUGUACCCUGUCGAGACAACGAAGAAUGGGUGCAAUCGACCAUGAUUGUGAUGCGGCUGAUGAUUCCCAUCCACUCGGUGCUGUCAAGUCCCAACUGUGCAUUUGUACCUCUCAGCUUCUUCAAGAUGCGCCAGGCGCCAGCACAAUUCCAGCAUGAGUUUAUGCAAGGGGUGCACCAAGGGUUUGAGCACAUUGUCAAGUUGGCGGAUAGUGGUGAAGGAUCCCAAAGCAGCGGAUCCGGCUUCUCAUUCAAGUUCUGGCUGUUUAGACGGCCUAACUAUUCAUCAGCCAAAAUAAUGAACGGCAAUAUUAUAGCAAUGGUGAGUAAACGACGACCCUUGUUCCCUAAUUCUGCGAAGUCCAAUUCGACCACCAGUCUUAACCCCUCUGGCCACAUCAACCGAAUCCGACCAAUAUCUUUAACUGAGGAUUUGGGAACGUACCAGGCUCAUAAAGAUUCACGACUGGCCCGGCUGUCGUAUGGAGGUGUCACGAGCUUUCAGGAAACCACGGUCAACGUUGAAGAAGGAAAGCAGAGAUCGGAGCAAUGCGCCGGAUCCAAAAGCUCAGGCAGGCUCACGAUCGCAGCGACUAACCCAAAGACGUCACCGGCAAUAGACAUUGAGCUCCAGGCGAUGGGUCACAGUAAAAUCAACGAGCAGUCGGGUCUACAGAUCUCUAACAAAGUCAGGACUUGCAAGGGCCCAGUGAGCUAUACGUCGUCGUUUGUGGAUACUCUGUUGGUCGAAACUAUUGAGCAUCACUAG